AUGGAAAGAAUAACUAAGGAUUACACAGAUAAUGAUAUAUCUGAACCUUUCCUGUUCAUCGCUUUAAUAGUCCCAGGAAUUGAGUGCAUCACCGGCAUGAUUGGGAAUGGUUUCAUUGUGACCACAAAUGCUGUUGAGUGGUUCCGGAGCAAAAUACUCUCCACUAGUGAUUCUAUUUUGACGAUUCUGAGCUGUUCAAGGCUCUUGCUACAGUUUUGGUUGAUGGUGGAAAAUACUUACAGCUUAUUAUUCCGACUUUCUUACAAUCAAAAUACAACGUAUAAAGCUUUCAAAGUUAUCUUCAUGUUCCUGACCUAUUCCAACCUCUGGUUUGCUGCUUGGCUCAGUGUCUUCUAUUGCAUCAAGAUUGCCAACUUCACCCAUCCCUUAUUCCUCAAGUUAAGGUGGAGAGUCACUGGAUUAAUGCCUUGGCUCCUCUGUCUAUCAGUCCUCAUUUCUUUUUUCUGCAGUCUUCCUAUUUCAAAGGAUGUCUACAAUGUUUAUGUUAACACUUCCAUCCCAGUUUCCUCUUCCAAUGCCAAAGAAAAGAAAUACUUUACAGAGACUAAUGUGGUUAACUUUGCUAUUAUCUACAACCUGGCUAUUUUCAUUCCUCUAAUCAUGUUUAUCUUUGCCGCUACCCUACUGAUCAUCUCUCUCAAGAGACACACACUACAAAUGAAGAGUAACGCCACAGGUUCCAGAAAUCCCAGCAUGGAAGCUCACAUGGGGGCAAUCAAAGCCAUUAGUUUCUUCUUCCUCCUCUAUAUUUUCAACUUUGUGGCUUUGAUGCUCUAUAUGGCCAAUGUCCUUAAUACCAAUAGCUUUGGAAAUGUUCUGUGCAAAAUUAUGAUGGCUGCCUACCCUACUGGUCACUCAGUUCUCCUUAUCUUUGGCAACCCCAAAUUAAGGAGAACCUGGAAGAAGCUUCAGCACAAUGUUAAAUUCAACCUAAAAGUUUGGAAGUAG